UCAUGAGAGGCGCUCUUUUGCUGCUCUGCCUUAAGGUGUUUCCAUCCCCUGUUGACCUCUCACAGACUGGAUCAACUCAAUACCUCAGUUCUCCAGAAGUGGUCAUCCCCCUAAAGGUGACCAGCAAGGCCAGUGGUGCAAAGAAUUCAGGAUGGCUUUCCUACAGCCUUAUAUUUGGUGGCCAUAGACAUGUUGUCCACAUGAGAGUCAAGAAGCUGUUAAUUUCUACUCACUUCUCUGUGCUUACAUAUACAGAGGAUCAUGCCCUCCGCAGGGAUUACCCCUUUGUCCCUAGCGACUGUUACUAUCAUGGUUAUGUGGAGGGAGCCCCUGAGUCUUUAGUAGCUUUCAGUGCCUGCAAUGGAGGGUUUCGGGGAGUGUUACAAAUGAAUGGCUUCUCCUAUGAAAUCGAACCCAUCAAGAACUCUACCACAUUUGAACACCUACUUUAUUCAUUAAAUAAUAACAAGACCCAAUUUUCACCUGUGACAUGUGGUUUAACAGAGACGGGAAUACCAUACCAACCCUUUGGACUUGAAGAGACUGGGAAGUCAGCUGGGAAGCCCAAUUAUGCAAGACUGUGGACCUACACAUGGUUUCUGGAGCUGGCUGUCGUGGUAGACUACGGGUUCUUCACUUCCUCUCAAGGCAACUUGUCAAAGGUGCAGGAAGAUGUGGUUCUCAUUGUUAACAUGGUGGAUUCCAUGUACAAGCAGCUGGGUACUUAUGUGACUUUGAUUGGCAUUGAGAUUUGGAGUCGAGGAAAUAUUUUCCCAAUGGAAAACAUACACCAGGUCUUAGCAAAUUUUUCUCAGUGGAAACAAGUCAGUCUUUCUCAGGUACAUCAUGAUGCAGCCCAUAUUUUCAUUAAAAGCUCACUUAUAAGUGUACUUGGAAUAGCCUACGUGGCAGGAAUAUGCCGUCCUCCUCUUGAUUGUGGAGUUGAAAAUUUCCAAGGAGACUCUUGGUCUCUUUUUGCCAACACGGUGGCCCAUGAGUUAGGUCACACUUUUGGCAUGCAGCAUGAUAAAGAAUCCUGUUCUUGUGGGGAAAGUGGUUGUGUCAUGAGUACUUUCAGGGUUCCAGCGGAGAGAUUCACCAACUGCAGCUACAGUGACUUUAUGAAGACCACUCUAAACCAAGGAACUUGUUUGCACAAUCAACCACAACCAGGCGUGGUCUUUCUGGUGGAGCGCUGUGGGAAUGGAAUGGUUGAAAAUGAAGAGGAGUGUGACUGUGGAUCUGUACCUGAGUGUGAACAAGAUCCCUGCUGUUUGUUGAACUGUAAACUGAAGCCUGAGGCUGCUUGUGCAUCUGGGCUUUGUUGCAAAGACUGCAGAUUCAGGCCAUUGGGGGAGCUCUGUAGACCGAAGGUCAAUGAAUGUGACCUUCCAGAAUGGUGCGAUGGAACAUCUCACCAAUGCCCAGAAGACAGCUAUGUUCAGGAUGGGGUCCCUUGUGGUGCCAGCGCCUACUGCUAUCAAAAGCAGUGCAAUGACCGUGGCCAACAGUGCAGGGAGAUUUUUGGCAAAGGUGCAAGAAGUGCAUCUCAUAACUGUUAUAGAGAAAUCAACUCUCAGGGAAACAGGUUUGGCCACUGUGGUACAAACGGCACAGUAUACCUAAAAUGUAGACUGUCAGAUGUAUUUUGUGGUAAAGUCCAGUGUGAAAAUGUGGAAGACAUUCGCCACCCCCAGGCUCGGUACGUUUUGCAGAACGUUUACACCAAUGGUGCCACCUGCUGGAGUUCUGACCAUUGUUUGGCAAUGGGUGUACCUGAUGUUGGUGAAGUAAGAGAUGGCACCACCUGUGGAACAGGAAAGAUCUGCAUACACAAGAAGUGUGUCGGUCUGUCUGUCCUUUCAAAUGCCUGCCUUCCUGAGACUUGUAAUAGGAAGGGGGUCUGUAAUAACAAACACCACUGCCAUUGUGACUAUGGGUGGUCCAUGCCUUUCUGCCUUCACAGAGGCUAUGGAGGUAGUGUUGACAGUGGUCCAGCAUCUCCAAACAGAAGAGUCAGCAUGGUCGUCUUGUCAGUAUCUGUGACUGUUUUGUCUAUUCUAAUUUGUCUGUUAAUAGCUGGGCUUUAUAGACUAUGUCGUUGAAUGCCUUCUGGUCCCAGAGAGAUGAAGGCUUAGUCACCAGGUUAAGAAGACACAUAAAUUACUAUCCCAUGAUUAAGAAUGGCAACAAAAAUAUUAUUGCAUGUAUGAAUCUGAGCAUAUUUCUGAGGGUUUACAGAAAGAUCAGAACAUCUUCCCUUCAUCUAUAUCAGGAGUACUGCCAUCAAUUCUCAAUGUGUUCUUGGCUACUGUUUAUUAUCUUGAGCAGCAAAUGAAACUUCAUUGAGGAAUGAUAAUACCUGGCCCACCCUGCUUGGAUUUAUAUAGCAAACAAAAGUGAGAAGUCAAUCUUUGCUAAUUGUUUUCCUUUAAUUAAAAACUCAUGACCUUGCCCCCACGUCUCUG